ACUUCUUAGGUAACAAUCUGCAAUUUUAUGAUAAAUCUGUAAUUUGAGACUGCAAGCACUGCCGGUCCUGCAGAUUGCAAGUCGUUACUUGCAAAUUGGAAUUGCAUUAAAUCUCAUGUAAAGAGGAUGGCGUGCACUGAACUAUAGCUAGUUAUUCAUUGAUUGAUAUAUGAACAUAAUCAUGUGAACAAUUUUUGGCUAUCUACUCCUAAUAUUGUCGAGUGGUGCUAAUUAGUUUAUAGUUAUAUUUAUACACAAGUUUGUAAUUAUUCAAUGAGAGGAACAGGAAGUGAAAGGCUUAGAAUGUCAGAACAUUUGGAGCUGCAGCACUUGGUGGAUGGAGAUGUGGAGUGCGAACCAUCAAAUCACCGCAAGAAACCACUGGCUUCAAAAUGCUGUAGCUGCCCUUACUUGGGUUUAAUACUUGCAACUCUGUCUUCCCUUUUCUUCUCCUUGUGCAGUGUAAUAGUCAAAGGAUUAGUAGAAGUGAAUCCUAUGGAGUUAGCUGCAUUUCGCUUUGUGGGUGUUCUACUGCCAGCAAUACCGAUUGUUAUAUACAAAGGCGAAGAUCCUUUUCCAAAGGGACGUAGGUUAAUGUUAAUAUUAAGAAGUUUUGUUGGCACAACAGGCCUCAUGUUAAGUUUCUAUGCAUUUCGACACAUGCCCCUUGCUGAUGCAUCUGUAGUUGUUUUCUCUGUACCUGUUUUUGUAGCUAUAUUUGCAAGAAUAUUCUUAAAGGAACCUUGUGGCCUAUUCAAUGUCAUUACAGUCUGCCUGACAUUGAUCGGUGUCAUUCUUAUCACUCGACCUCCCUUGAUAUUUGGUCAUACUAUAGAAUCUUUAUCCGACAGUCAUGUGCGCACUGAGCAUGCAGACCUCUGGGGUGCUGUAGCUGCAUUCUCAGCGACAUUAUUUGGAGCCAAUGCUUACGUUCUUCUUCGAGCUUUAAAAGGUCUACACUUUUCAGUGAUAAUGACGAAUUUCGGUUCCUUUGCUUUGAUUCAAACUGUCGCCGUUUCCUGGGCGAUUGGUGCACUUUGUUUACCACGUUGUGGUACUGACCGUCUCCUGGUUGUUGCAUUAGCUCUCUUUAGCUUCGGUGGACAAAUUUUACUCACUCUUGCUCUACAAAUGGAGCAGGCUGGUCCUGUUGCCAUCGCAAGAUCCGCCGAUAUAGUAUUCGCCUUUUUCUGGCAAGUGUUAUUCUUCAAUGAGAUACCUAAUAGAUAUUCGGUCGGCGGCGCAGUUCUAGUUACGAGCUCCGUUCUUCUCACUGGUUUGAGAAAAUGGGUAGUUUCGUUACCAGAAACAUCGGGCAUUAAAAAAUCUUUUGGGAUUUUGGCUACAUAGAGGAAUUUUCAAAGAGAAUUAAUUUCAAUUUCUGGCCAUGACCGUAAGAUUUGUAUCAAACAUUGCAAACGAACAAAGAAGCAAUACUUUCAUUAAACGAACAACUUUUACCGUGUAACGGCUCAUGGAAAUAUCAUAAUUUUCAAACUUAAUUCAUUCAAUCAAUUGUAUUGCAGUUGGAGUAUAUGUUACUUGUUACUCCAUUACUGACAAUCUGCUACUAGUCUUUUUUAUAAUUGUUAAUAAAACGAGCGAGCACGCAUGAAUUUGUGUAUAAUCAUUUGGUUCUGUUCCAAAAUACUUUACCAAAGAAAAUUCAUUAGACGCUAGGCUUUUUCAAUGAGGACUGUUUUAAUUAUCGAGAAAGAUUUAAAACAGGCAAUGCAAAAUCCAAGGCCCAUAAAGUUAUAAAAAAUUCAACCAUACAUUCAUUCCCUCAUAUUGCAGUACUAAUCCAUUAUCUAUGGAUUCUUAUAAGAGAUAUUUGUAUAAUGUAUUUCCUAUCGCCUAGAACAAUUACUAUCGACAUUAUUUAUAUAUUUAUAUAAGCUACCGUACGUAAUAUAUUCCUCGCAACCUUUCAGGGUAUCUCCGAUUAUUGGUUAUCUGUAAUAUUCAAGCUGUACCAUUACUUAACUUGUUCCAGCCCCGAAAUCAGUUCUACAUUUGGAGAACUAAUUUACACUAUCAAUUAUAAAAAGAUGAUCCUCUGGUAUUUGUCCUCUUUGAUAGGGAUGAAUCCAUAAAAGGAAAAAGAAAACGAAAGAUACGACCCUUCAAAGUAGAACUGAUCUCACUUGAAUCGACUAUACAAUUAUAUUACUUUUUAAUAUAAAAACAUCCUACGAAAAAAUUAUCCUAAUCACAUAACAAGAUAAACUAAGUAAUUAUAUUAGAUCAGAUCUGUCUUGAUCUAGUCUUCGAUAAAUCCAUGAUUAUCUUAAUCACCGAAUAAAAGUUUGACGAUUUAGGUAAUUCCGUUCGCCUUGAAGACGAUUGAUAUUUCGUAUUAUAGAUGAAUCUUGAAAUUCUGUGAUGCGUCUGAAGAUAAUAGUCAGUAAAAAAUAUUUUUACGUCCCACGAUCUUAUUCUGUACUCUUUAUUGUAUAUCAGAUAGUGUGUCUAGUAACAAAAGAAUUCCCAUUUAGAAUUUAAGUAGUGUUUGUUUACCAAAGAGUUAUAUCUAUGCUUGUACAUACAUAUAACAAGGCGGGGAUUUGCUGAUCCUACAAGUUGUAUGUUUAAAUUAUCUGAUUGUUGGACCUCAGUCAAAAGUCACAUUGGUAAAUAGUCUCUAGCUAUACUUUUAUUAGCCCAGGAGUAGGUGCGUAGGGUGUCCGAGGACACUCCAACUCAAUGCUUCGGAAAUGGAGAAAAAAAAAGUGUGCGAACAUUCCCGAAUUGAAGAGAUAUUAUAAAAACACAUUCUUGUCACCCAACUAUAAUAUUGUUUACCAAAAAAUUUCCAUGUCGCACAAUAGUAACAAGAAAUAUUUUUCAAGAGAAUCUUUGUAGGGAGCGAAUCCAAGCUUUAUAAGGUACAAUAAAACAUUGUAAAUACACACGAAUGAAAUAUUACAGAUAUUUUAAUUUCCAGUCAUAUUUUAGACGAAUGUCGUUAUGAAUAUAUGCAACAGUUUUUAUACACUUCUUAUUGGUUUGUUUCUUUAUAAUUCCUUGUAAAGACGAUAUGUACCAAUUAAAAAAAGGAAUCCGUAGAGUUUAAUGAUAUCAUUAUA